AUGCUUUGCCAUUGGGUUCUUUAUCUUAGUGGAAUUAUUGGUGUGUUAGUAAUUUUUAAACCUUUCGUUGAUAAAGAUCUUUUAACAUUAACAAAACAUCACCGCAUGGCAACAUUUCAUAGAAUGAUUUCCUUUCGAAGUAAAAUCUUGUCAUUUCUACAUUCUCGAUCAAUAGAAAUGGAUGCAGAUUCAAAAGCAUUAGUUGAAGUAAUUUCACUUUAUCAUUCAGAACUUGAUUUAAGUGAUGAUUUAACAGAUGAUGACAUUGAACACUUUCGUUAUCAUUCAAAACAAAUAUUAACUGCUUUAUUUCCAGCAAGAUCAUCAUCUUGUCUUAUUCAACAUCAUACAUUUCAAUAUAAUAGUAAUCAAAUAAAUAUGUAUUCUAUACAACAUGAACAAAUCAAUGAUUGGAAAUGUUCUAAUCAACCAUUAAUUCUUUAUUUUCAUGGUGGUGGAUUUGUUUUUGGUGAUAUUGAUACAUAUUCUGGUUUUGAAUGUCAUUUAUCAAAAUCUCUUAAUGCAUUAAUACUUCAUGUUGAUUUUCGUCUUGUACCUGAAUAUACUCUUGAAGAGACAAUUGAAGAUAUUAUUAAUGUUUAUAAAUUUUUACUUGAUGUUGAUUCAAAUAUUCAUCGACGAUUAAUUGGAAUGGGUGAUUCAACAGGUGGAAUGCUUUGGAUUUAUCUUUUACAAUGGAUUAUAUCAAAUAAUAAAUCUAUUCCACAAGGUGUUGUUUUACAUUCUCCAUGGCCUAAUCUAGAAUAUAUGGAUAGAUUUGUUAAAUACUCUACUGAUAAUUUAUUAUCAGUAAAACUUGCAUAUAAUUUAAGACAAUUAGCCAUUGGUAAAGAUACUUAUUGGUUUGAAGUGACUGAUAAAGAACUAAGUAAAAUAAGUCCAAAAGAGAAUUCAUUUAAAGGAUUUCCACCAGUUUAUAUAACAGCUGGUACAAAUGAAAUAGCAAUUGAUGCAAUUCGUAAUAUGACUGAAGCAAUGCGAUUAUCAGGUGUAGAAGUAAUAUUAGAUGAAGGUGAAGGAUUAAUGCAUACAUAUGCUUUAUUUCAUCUUUGGUCACUACAAGGUAGAUAUGCUCAAGAAAAAAUUCAUUGUUGGACUCAAGAACAAUUUUUAAUUGGAAUACAAUCGACAUCGAAAAUGAAUAACAUUAAAACAAAUCAAAUGCAUAUUUAUGAUUCUGGAUCAAGGUCUUUUGAUGCAAACAGAAUUUGA